GAGAGAGAGAGAGAGAGAGAGAGAGAGAGAGAGAGAGAGAGAGAGAGAGAGAGAAAUCAGUUUGCUGACCACCAUGGCAUCGAUCAAACGCCGCCUCCUCUUCUUCCUCCUCCUCCUCUUCUUCUUCUUCCUGGAGGAGGCGAAGGCGGAGAUGGAGGGAACCAGGGUUCUUCGGCAAUUCGAGGGGGAUUCGAAGCCAUCGUACGCCUCCAGGGACAGUCAGCCACCGCCUCUUCCCUUCUCCUUCGACUUGACAGAGUGUAAAGAACAGCCCGAGAUCCCUAACGCCAAGGUCCGAUGCGGUUACAGCGGGUGUCGGGUCCGGUGUGACAAGGACUACAAGACUCAAACUGGUCUCAGCGUGAUCAAUCUCUCCUGUGAUCACUCGUCUGGUACUCUAACGGUCGAUGGCACUCCUUGGCGCGACCUGAACGUGUCCUGUACCGCUUACUGCGGCGUGGACGGUUGCUUGCAUGGGGGGACUUGCACAAACCCCCGAACUUGCAGCUGCCUCGACGGAUACCAAGGAGACCACUGCGAAAUAGCCCCAGAAACCCCAGUAGGAGCCACACCAGCCUCAGGAGACCCCCAGACAGACCCCAACAGCUGCCCAGACCCCUCCUUCGUGCUCCAGAACGCCGAGGUCAAGCGGGAAGGUCAAAACUUGUUGGUGCGCUGCCAGGAAGGUCAUGUUUUCAAGAUCGGGAAGACCAUUGCGUUCGUGACCUGUAAGGAGGGUGUGUGGGACCUCCCCGAUGGCGUGUUGGGCCCGGCUGGCGAAGUGGUGUGUGUGGAAUCCCAGUGUGACCCGCCUUGCCAGAACGGAGGAAAGUGCUUAGAGGAGAAGGUAUGUGAUUGCCCUUACAAGUUCUGGGGCGGUCAUUGUGAACACCAGCGAUGCGGUUACCCCGACCCGAAAACCCUGGGGGCGGCCUCGCUGGGGGGGGUGCUGUCCAGGAUGAAGAUUCAGUGCCAUCCUCACCAUCGGAUGAUCAACGGGCGUCGAACUCAGACCAUCCUUUGUCGGGGUGGCGAAUGGUACGCCUCGGGCCGCGGCUACCUCAGGGACACCGACGUCAAGUGCCACCCGGAGGACAACACGCCAAACUGGAGACCGUCACCAUAGACAGACAGACGGACGGACGGACAGACGGACGGACAGGCGGACGGACGGACGCGCUCACCAGUGCUGCCUGGCGUCAAUUGGGUUCCUCCGCCCAUCACUGGUUCAAGAAAUAGAUUGUUUUGCAUUUA